AUAACGCUGCAUACAUCAGAGGAAAACCACCAAGAAGACAUCAGAAAGGCAGACCGGGCCUUAACUGAGAAGACACCAGGUCCUGGUUUUUGGUGAUUCAUAUUUAAGAGGACUGUAGUGUGGUGAAAUAUCAGGAAAGGAGACUUAAUUAUUCAAAGUAUUGUGCCAUGCACCUGACUGUGACAUUAACCUUCCUACUAUGGUCAAUGAGCAGAUUGUCUCGAGCCUCUCCGAGUGAUCCCUAUAGCAGCUGCAUGGCAGGUAAAACAUGCCAGGCCAAGUUUGCAAACGCAGUAUGUGACCAGGAGUGCUCAAGUUCUGCCUGUCUGAGAGAUGGAUUUGACUGUCUGACAGACAGAGGCACUUGCAUUGCAGGAUAUAUUCAGUACUGCCGGAAUCACUAUGACAACAGUCACUGCGAUCAGGGCUGCAACACUGCCCCCUGUGGAUGGGAUGGCUCGGACUGCUACAGGAACCAGUACCCCAUCUGGGCCAAAGGGACGCUUAUAUUACACACUAGAAUUCCAUUCCAGAGGGGUCCAUUCCAGAACAGCUCUAUUUUAUGGGCUUUAAGCACUGUCCUUCAGACCAGUGUUAAACUCAGAGGCAUGGCACCUUUCCAGACCAACAAAGACCUUCUUACAGUAGAUAUUCGACAGCUCGCUGACCUGUACACUCAAACACCAUCUUAUGAUAGUGAAGGAUCAGUGUUAUUCCUGCAGUUGGACAACAGACCGUGUUCCCGUCUUCUCUCCACCUGUUUCCAGUAUGCCAUUGAAGCUGCACACUUCCUGCGUGCCAUGCUGGCACAGAAUCAUGCCACAUUUCCCAUGAUCACAGAGAUCCAGGCAGCUGUAAUCAGUAUGCGGGGAGUUGAUGAGGAAAUAGGAGUCAGAGAGGAGGUGAAUCUCCCAAACGAGAAACACAACGCCUCCCCUACCUGGAUGUGGCCUGUGGUUGGCGUGGCAACUGGAGUGGCAGUGGCCGUGAUUAUUGCAGUGGUGUUCCUGUGGUUAAAGAAAAGACGAAAGCGGCGAGAGUGUGGAGAGCGAGUUCGUCACAGGUCAACGGUAACAGACAACAAUAACGGCAGCAAGGCCUGGAUGCGGCGUGCUGACCACCAGGAGAAAAGAGGAAGAGAGAAGGACAGAAAUGGGAUAAAGAAAAAGAAGAAAGGAAAAGAGUUGGGGAAAAGACGUAAAGAACCCGUUGGCGAGGAUGCGAUUCGAAUGCGGCCCUUCAGGAAGGAACUGGACAUCGGAAGUGACACAGAUGUGACCCAGAGUUCUAUUGAGGACAUCAACAGGACGAUCUGUGACCACAGAUCACCAGACCAAAAACACUUCCAGACCAACCACCAGCAACCCCGCAUGCUAGGUGAACUCUGUACCUACUUCACUCCCCCUAGAGGAUGGGAGAGGAAUGCUGUUCCUACACCACAAAGACCACCUAGAAAUACUGCUCCAGUGCAGUGGUGCGGUCCGGAUGGAUCAGUCGUGCUGAUCCGAGCUGUCAGGAGUGGCCUUGACCGAGUGGUUCUGGAGCUCCUGAGAGCCGGCGUGCCGGUUAAUAACACUGACCAUACGGGGAGAUCUGCCCUCCACUGGGCAUGCUCAGUAAAUCACCUCCCAUUGACAAGGACUCUCAUUCGCUACGGUGCUGCAGUAGACUUGCAGGAGCAUAAGGGUGAAACAGCUUUGUUUCUCUCAGCUCUCCACGGUUGCUAUGAUACGGCACGAUUCCUCAUUCUUAAUGGGGCUAAUCAAGAGCUGUCUGACUGCAAAGGGCGGCGGCCACUGGAUGUGGCACGGGAGGGCUCACAUCACCAAGUCCUCGAGCUCUUAUUGGCUCACAGAGUUCAGAGGGGGCAGGUCCCUCUAGAUCCAGCCACUGAGAUGCUUUGGGACGAUCGUACUUAUGCGUAUUCGCCGUGGGUUGCCUCGCCUCCAUCUUUACCUGGAAGAAGUGCCUCUUUUUCAGGGGUCAUAGGUUCCAGAGGGAUGGCAACACCUCCACCUAGUGAUUGGCAGAUGGGUAGAGCACAAUGCUUCUCCCCCCAGAACUGGCGUCCAGCACCCAACCAAUCAGCGACGGCAUUGGUAAGCCCAAGGAUUCAUGGCCGCCCAUCUCGGCCUAUCAGUACUCUUCAGGAAGUGACAUCAGAUGCGGAGAACGAGGAGAGGGAGAUGACCCAGGAUGUUACUCGAGCGGCAACACCUCACUUCCUGUCUCCUCAUCCAGCACCUAGGCAGCGCUCGUUCUCUUGUACUCAGCACGCGCUGAACCGUCGCUCCAGUGGCAACCAACCAGAGCUGUCCGUUGCCACAGCUGCAGAGAAAAUAGCCAAUGAGCAUGUUGAAAAAGUGGUGGUGCCCCACCCUAAAGAAAUGCCCAGCAAAUCAGAGAGUAAAAGCACAGGAACUGGGCUGAAUGCAUCCCAGUUUGACUCUGAGAGAGAGAGUACUAGGAACUGCAAUUCUAAAAUCCAGAAUGAGAGAAUCAAUAAUGAGUCCAGCAUCUCUAUCCAAACCUGCAUGUGAGAGAGGAAUUUGAAGAAUCUUUACGCAGCUCCUUUCCAUACUAAAAAGGUUAAUAGUGACCAUGUCUGUUACGGUGAAAAAUUGGACAAAAGCACAGUAAAAGUACUCCAUACAACAUGUGCCCAUGAUAAUUCAAGUUUUCUAAUAUGGUAGCUUUAUUAGAGGAAGAGACACUGCAAAUAGUGUUUCAUUUUUGGGUGAACAAUUUCAAAUAAAUAUAUUAUAUUAGGAAAUCUCAAAAACAUGUCCAGGUCACAUUUCAACCCAAAAUGUUGAAGAAAAAAAAUAAUAUUUUGCAUAAAGCAAAUUAAACCUAUUUUUAGAACCAUUAAUUAGAGAAAUGUUCCCUUUAAAGUUCCCUAUAAAGUGUCCAGGCUUUUUUCUUUAUACUUUACUGUAAUACAGUUAUUCUUUCUGUAACACUUUACAAUAAGAUUGUAUUUGUUAACUUACAAAUGAUGAUCAUGUAUUAGGUAUCAUGAGGUGAAUAUAAUAUUUUAACUGCAUUUAUUCAUCUUAAUUUAAGCAUUUAUAAAUGUUUAUUUAUCAAAACACUAUUAUACGCUUACCGAGCAUUUUAUUAGGUACACCUGUACACCUACUUACUCAUGCGAUUACCUGUUCAGCCAAUUGUGUGGCAGCAGUGCAAUGCAUAAAAUCAUUCAGAUGCGGGCCAGGAGCUUCAGUUAAUGUUCACAUCAACCAUCAGAAUGGGGGAAAAUUUUGAAUCUCAGUGAUUUGGAGCGUGGCAUGAUUGUUGGUGCCACAUGGGCUGGUUUGAGUAUUUCUGUAACUGCUGAUCUCCUGGGAUUUUCAUGCAAAACAGACUCAGAGUGGUACCAAAAACAAAAAAAACAUCCAGUGAGUGGCAGUUCUGUGGAUGGAAAUGCCUUGUUGAUGAGAGAGGUCAACAGAGAAUGGCCAGUAACUCAGAUAACCACUCUGUACAAUUGUGGUGAGAAGAAUAACAUCUCAGAAUGGGCUGUAACAGAAGACCACAUCGGGCACUUUAGGUGAGGUGGCAGACCAUAGUGUUCCUAAUAAAGUGCUUGAUGAGUGUACAUUGUUAGUUCAUAAUGCACCAACUAAUGUUAACUUACACAACUUAAUUUUAAAAAUGUAUUCCUAUACAUUAUGUUGAAAUCAACAUUAACCAAAACUAAUAAAUGCAGUUAAGGUUUUGUUCAUUGUUAGUUCAUAGUUACAAACAUAUUGUAAAGUGUUAUUGAUUUCUUCUUUUUUUAAUCAGCUUAACGGCAUCACAACAAAUACUACCAUGAAGUAUGAACACUUCAUAAUUUAA